AUAGUAUAAAAAGCACACGGCUGCGAUUGCUCCUUACAAUCGAGUCUCUCUAAUAAACAAUCGUUGCUUUCGCAUCGCGUCGUCGCGUGCGUCGAUCUUCGUCAUUACCUCCUCGUCACCUUCCCCUUUCCCAAAAAAUGCAUUGAAAAAAAUUUUUCUUCGGCCUCGGCUCCGCGAUUCAUCGUGCACGCGCAAUAUUCGCUUUUCGUAUUCACGCGCUAUUUCGUGCAAAGCUGAUCUUAUAAUCUCGGCGUGUAUCUUUCGAUAUAUACGCGCGUAUAUACGUGCCAUUUUAUCUUUUUUACCUUUGCGAUAUCUGGUUGGAAGCUCGUCGUGCAUUCGAUACUUCUCCGUCUUUCCUCGCGCAAAAGUUCAACGGAUGCUACGAUGUGUGUGCCCGCGCCGCCAGCUUACGUAUAGUUUGAAUAGCAUCUUCGAGCGAGAUACAUCGGUUACCAAGCAAGUUGUCUUAUUGAUUGCAAUGUGUAUAAGUGAUAUAAUAGAUAAUGGAAAUAUUCGAGGAAGAGCCACAAGAUUCGCCUAAUCAAGCGGCAAAUUAUGACAAGGCAAUAGCGGCCACAGGAUAUGGACUGUUCAAUACGUUGCUGCUGCUGGCGCUGCUGCCGGUGGGCUGGACGUGCAUCAUCGACACGACGAGCACCGCCUUCAUGAUCAAUUCCGUGGAAUGCGAGUUCGAAUUGACGUGGUUAAGACGAGGCAUAGCCGUCUCCAUCAUAUACAUGGGAAUGACGAUAGCCGGCCCCAUAUGGGACUUUCUCCUGAACGACUACAUAACCGGCUACCUGGGCAAGAAGUACGUGAUGAUCGCGGGCCUGUUCCUGGACGCGAUCUGCAACAUCCUCUGGACCCACGCCUCGUCCUACUACACCUUCGUAGUUUUUAAGUUCUUUAGCGGAGUACUAAUCGCCGGUCCUCUGUCGGUGUUCAUGGCUUAUCUGGGCGAGUUUCACGCGCCGGACUAUCAACAGCGGUUCAAUCGGUGGGCCGGUUUGCUCAUUUUAUUGUCCAACAUCGUGCCCCCAGCACUGGCGGCGGCUCUGCUGACGCAGACACCCGACCUGAACUGGUACAUCUACAAUCGUCACUAUCCCUCGUGGCGGGUCUACCUGCUGAUCUUUUCGGUGCUGCCGAUGAUCGGCCUGCUGCUGGUCUGCUUCAUGCCCAAGAGUCCGAAAUUCUUGAUGGCCCAGGGCCGGAGCAAGGAGGCCUUGCAGGUCCUGAAGAUCAUGUACUGCAUGAAUCACUUCGAACCGGCGAGCAAGUAUCCGAUCAAGGAGCUGAUAUGGCAGCAGAAAGUCAAGCGAAAGCUCAACGAUUACUGCCGCGACAAGACGAGGGACAGCAUCUCGCAUCUCAAGUCGCUGUUCUCCAAGCCGUACGUCAGAGUCGUCGGCACGAUUGCCCUGCUGCAAUUCGUCUGCAUGAGCGAGUUCAACGUAAUGAGACUGUGGGUACCGUCGCUGUUCACCAUGAUGAAUUACUUCGAGGCGCUGCUGCUGCACCGUUACCCGGAGGGCGAGCUCGUCACCCUGUGCGAGAUGAUUUUUCCGCGCUUCGAUCGCGGCACGCCCUGCAAUUUUACUUUGCCUGACAUAGAUUACGCCGUCUUCAUCAAUUCCACGAUCAUCGCCACCGCAGCUGUGUCGUUCAGCUUCGUCUUUCCGAUACUGGCGAAUUCACCAAAGAAGAAGAUAAUCUUGAUGAUUUUCACGUUUUUCGUGUCGACCAUCGGAUGCUUCGGAGCCAAUUGGGGUGUGCAGAUACCCUACAUGCUUGUCCUGGUAGCGUCUGUGAUAGUUUCUCCCAGAAUAACGGGAAACACCAUAAUUCUUUAUAAUGCAGAAGUCGUUCCUCAGGUCUUGAGACCAGCGGCGAUCAGCGUAAUCAACUUUUUCGGCAAUCUGGGAGCCUUGGCGGGAAACAUAAUGUUCUCUUUCCUAUUGAGCGUCAAUUGCUACGCCGCGUUUCUCACGUUCGGGUGUAUAGCGUUAGUCUGCAUAAGCAUGCCGCUGCUGCUCUGGAAGGGAAUAAAGUCGGACAAAAUCGACAAGUCCGACGUGGCGACGACUCAACCAGAAAUCGAGCGCUACUGAGAGAUAGUAACACAACGAAACAAUCGUUCCGCGAAGGAGAAUUCAUGAUAAUUCGACGAUCAUCAAAAACGAGCUUUUUUGUGUGUGUAUUUUUUUUUGUAUAUACGAGGAAAGCCCGUUUCGACACGCGGUGUUGAACUGCCGCCGGAGAAGUGUGAAUUAUCUUCUCUCUCUCUCUUUCGGCGAAAAAAAGAAAAAUACUCAUUUUUUUUUGUUUACUUCGAUCGCGAAAUUUUUUAACUAAUUAUAAAUCACGUCUGAGAAUCGCGGGGCAAUGUGCACGAAUUUUUUUUUGUGUGUUAUGCCGAUAUGUAAAAAACAAUAAAUAAUCGAUGUUACUAUAAGCGUACUUCGUUAGUCGUUACACAUCGAAUUUUUGUGUGAAAAAAAAAGGAAUUUGUACGAGUACUUAUGAUUUACUUUUUUAGCGUUAAUUUUGUGUUAGAUAAAAAAGCAACUUGUUUUAUGCAUAAUUUUGUUAUACUUUAAUGUUCAUUGUUUCGGAAUGAGAAUUGAAAAAUGUGUUUUUCUCCGUUUUUUCACUUAACAUUGGUAGAUAACUUGAAAAUGAAGGCACCCAUUUAGCUUUAAAAAAAAAA